GGCGACGUUCCUGAUGUAACGGGUGGUUUGCGAAACUGUCAUAAGAAAUUGAUUUGCCCGCUUGAUAGAGUUUUUAUUCGGCGUACUGCCAGGUAUAAUUUCGGUCAAAACACACUGAUUGUGCUUGUUACGCUGUGAAAGUCCAAGAUGGCAAUGCAGAGUGGCAUUGCUCUCCAGCAGAAGGUCAGUCGGUUGUUGAGCAAACAACAUGGAAAACCCGUACUGAAGCCGAACAAACCCCUUGCCUUGAAGAACGAGGUAGCCAAUAGAAAGCUGAAGAAAGGGGAGGCCACUUGUGUAACAGAGAUGUCACUAUUGAUGGCAUGUUGGAAACAGAAUGACUUCAAAGAUGCACUUUGUUCCAACGAAGUGACAACUUUCUACAAAUGUGUCGAGAGAGCUCAGGCAGAGAUGAGAGCAAAAGGAAACCAGCAGGGCGCUGGCCAAGGAGGACGUCUGCUGCCAAAACAAGCCACAUCUCUUCUGAAACGAUACCCUAAUCUCAGCCAAGAAGUCUAGGACCAUCACUUUGGCUGCCCCGCCCAUCAGUGUGCAUACUCACACCUUGAACUUAUGGCCCUCUUUAACGUGGAGGGUAUUCAGCUGUAAAAAGAACGAAUGUGUACAGGCGUUCGUCGUCGCUUUUUGUCCCCGAGGCGCUGGAAUUCUCUUUGACAUGCGCGCGCCCAGCGAGCCACGGAAACGGAGUCUUUUUGCCGAAUGCAAUCAAUCUUCAGAACAGUAGCAGGUUCUGGCAAAGAGAACAAACUCCCAUUUACAAGACAGUGGAUGCACUUCUGCUGAUUACUGUGUUUAACCAAAUAGACUGCUACAGUUCAUUUGAUUAAACUGUCAGUAAAAUCACUGGGUCUCUGAUUAAAGAUGCAGCUCCUUUAGCCUUUUCAACCUCAAAUUUUUUCCAAGUGGACCAUUUUUUUUCUUAUAAGGGUA